AGUAUUCACGUGAAAAAGCCUAAAAAUCACGAUGAAAACCCAGUUCAAUGCAGAUUGAAGUAAUCAGACCAAAAAGGCCUACAAUAAAUCCAAAAUAGAUUUUCAGAGAAAUAAAAGCCUAAUCCAAAAAUUUUAGAAAGAAACCCACAACGUAGAUAAAGGCAAAUAGAUAAAUGUUAGAGGAAAAAAUCUACUAGUAGCACCUGCCUUGCUUCCAAGUUCGCAACCCAGGGCCUUACUUUGGCUGCAGCCACACCGUUCCUCCCUUCUUCGGCCACCGGAGACCGACAACUCUCGUCUCCUUCUAAAGCUCUGAGUCGGUUACUCUUCCUUUCCUGAAUAUUUCAUAUCCUGAGAACUGUGAGAUUAUGAAGAUCAGAAGCUGUGUUGGCAUUACAAAACCAAGUCUUCUGCUUGUACAUUCUGAGUUACCCGCACUUACCUUCCAUAAAACCAAGUUAACAUGGACAUCAACCCUUAGAUUCCCAAGUAACUAUGAGAGGACUUCUGGAUCGGUUACUAGGUUUCAUUGCAGUGUUGCUGGUAGAACUGGUGCUUCUACAUCUGUGUGUUCAUCUUCAUCGAAGUCAAAUACUGUUCAUUUGAGCCGGAAACAAGUCAAACCCUCAUCCUUGUAUAGUCGUCCUAGUUUGUCGAACAUGAAGAAAGAGAGGAUAGCAAAUCGCGCUAAGGUUUAUGAGUUUUUGAGGGUACUUGGUAUUAUUCCUGAUGAGCUAGAUGGGUUAGAACUUCCUGUAACGGUUGAGGUUAUGCAGGAACGGAUUGAUUUUCUUCAUAAGUUGGGGCUUACUAUUGAAGACAUCAACAAUUAUCCACUGGUCCUCGGUUGUAGUGUGAAAAAGAACAUGAUUCCCGUGCUUGAUUAUUUGGGGAAAUUGGGUGUUAGAAAAUCCACUUUCACCGAGUUUUUGAGAAGAUAUCCACAAGUUCUCCAUGCAAGUGUUGUGGUUGACCUUGCCCCAGUUGUAAAGUAUCUUCAAGGGUUGGAUAUUAAGCCUAAUGAUAUUCCUCGGGUCCUUGAGAAAUAUCCAGAAGUACUGGGAUUCAAGCUUGAGGGGACAAUGAGCACAUCAGUGGCUUAUUUAGUCGGCAUUGGAGUGUCAAGAAGGGAAGUUGGAGGGGUCUUAACCAAAUACCCUGAGAUUCUUGGGAUGCGAGUGGGCCGCGUGAUAAAGCCAUUUGUUGAGUAUCUUGAAGGUUUGGGUAUUCCUAGGUUAGCUAUAGCUAGAUUGAUAGAGAAGCGACCUCACAUCCUUGGGUUUGGAUUGGAGGAGAGGGUCAAACCAAAUCUUGCAUCCCUUCUAGAGUUCAAUGUCAGAAAAGCAUCUCUUCCAUCUAUAGUAGCACAAUAUCCUGAAAUUAUAGGAAUUGAUCUAAAGCCGAAGCUUCUUGGUCAAAGGAGUUUGAUUCAAUCAAUUAUUGAUUUGGAACCUGAGGAUUUUGGGACCGUUGUGGAGAAAAUGCCUCAGAUUGUGAGCCUUAGCAACACUUCUAUGGUGAAACAUGCAGAUUUCCUAAAGGGUUGUGGAUUUUCCUUGCAACAGGUGAGGUCCAUGGUUGUGGAAUGUCCCCAGAUCCUUGCUUUGAAUCUUGACAUCAUGAAACUUAGCUUUGAUUACUUUCAAAUGGAGAUGCAGAGGCCUCUUGAUGAUUUGGUUGCUUUCCCAGCAUUCUUUACUUAUGGUCUUGAAUCUACUAUAAAGCCUAGAGACAAGAUUGUAGCGAAGAAAGGUUUUAAAUGUUCUCUUUCAUGGCUUCUUAACUGCUCUGAUGAGAAGUUUAAGGAGCGGUUGAACUAUGACACAAUUGAGAUGGAGGAAAUGGAGACAAUGCCUUCAUUUGACAUGAAUUCACUGAUGGAACCGAGGAGUGACGAGUCUGAUUCUGACUAUGAGGAGGAUAGUGACGACGAGUAUGCAUAAAUCCAUUAGAAAAUGCUUGGCUUUUUUCAGAUAAGAUGAUUUUAUGUGGGGAGCACGAUCCAAAUAUAGAAAGGUAAACUUUUCUGUUAAGUUGAAACGCAUUGAUGAACCAUCUUUGCAAUUCUUAAAUGAACAUCACAGACCGUCUUAAUCAAGUUGCCUCAUAUUUUACGUAGCCAUACAUAACAUGUGAAAUGGUUUCUGUAGGUCCCAGUAUUUGUAUUUGGAGAAUUUGACAAUUUCCAUACCAUUUAUUUAAUCACAUAAACAUUCGUGUACAUUCUGCUAGUCUAAGAACGUUGUUGCUGACUUUCCCCAAUUCAUCAUCAAGGUUGAAUCUCUUAAAUCCUUUGCAGCAAAUAAUAUCUCUAGGUGUUGGCUGUAUUAUGGUGUGCAUCACUGCCAUAGUUGCAUUUUCUCCUCCCCCUUCUAUCUUUCUUAUAAUGUGUUCCUUUUAUUCCGAGUGUUAAGUUUAUCAUUAGCUUUAUAUGUGCAUUACUACCACUUACAAGAAUCCACCAUCAUUUUUCAGCCAUACCCUUACUGGAGACUGAUGUUCUGUCUGCUGUAAUGCAUCGCUCAUCCGGGCAUCAGAGUUUUGUAUCUGAUUUUUUAGUAGAUCUAGAUACCUAUAAGUAGAGGCUAUACGUAGGCACCAUAGUUUUAAUGCAUGAUGUUUCAAUUCUCCAAUAUGUUCCCAAUUAUUUUCAUUUUGAGUUGUGAUUUUUACCACAGAAGGAAAUCAAGGUUUUUGUAUUUUAGAGGUCAACUUCAGCAGUCAAAUACGAAACAUCUUGCAAGUUGUAGCUACUGGCUUAAAUUAUAUUAAAACCAUUUUUAGCAGAAA